AGUUACAACACCCGCCCCUUAGGCUGCAUUAUUAGUCCAUGACUGUCUUUGAAGCACCUGCAGAAGCCAAGAAUCACGGCAAACUAAAUUGGAUUCAGACAACCACUCUGGACUGUAACUGCUGGCUGGGCCCACAAGAUAUUCCGCAUAUUAUAAUAAGUCACUAAACGCUGUGGAUUGAAGUAGCCUGUUUUCUUUCUUUUCUUCAAGUUGUUCCGACUGACGGAGAGCGGCUGCUAGGAUUUACUUUUACGAUGUCCCAGUUGGAGUCUGUCGAUAAUAUCCGAUAAGGACUUUAGGCUACCCGGGAAAAACCAAGAGAAAAUCUUCCUUUACUGAUGGCCGGAUUUUUCCAACAGCUGCGACUUUUACUUUGGAAAAAUGCCCUUGGUGUCAUUAGACAACCGGGCUGGACUGUGGCCCUCCUGGUUUGGCCACUGGUCAUCUUCAUCAUCCUGGCCAUCACCCGCUCCCAGUUCCCCCCUAAGUUGAAAGACUCAUGCUAUGUGGCCCCUAGGAACCUCCCCAGUACAGGUUUCUUCCCCUUUCUCCAGACCCUCAUGUGUAACACAGACAGCUCCUGCCACAACACAACUCGUCUGUUCGCCAAGAGGUCAACUAAAAACACCAGGGCAUCGUGGACAGAACACGAUGCAAAGAGGGUAUCCCUGCUGCCCCAUGGCACCCCCAUGCUAAUGGGCAUUGGGAUGGGUGGUAGAGUCCGUGCUGUGCUGCACGAGACAUCUGACCAGCCUCAGAUCAUGGAGCUCUGGGACAACUUUCUGAAUGCCAGCCACCAAGAUAAAUCAAAGUACAACUCUCCCAUGGAGGGAUUGAACAACACCCUACUGGGAGACAAGGAAGCGCUGGAUGCGAUGCUGGAUUCCGUGAAUCUGUUGAAGAGGUCUCUGUGCUCCUUCUCCCUGACGGUCCUUAACGUGUCCUCCAUGUCCUCCAUCGAUCCCCUCACCUACGGACUGGUCACCUUCUGCAAGUCCAACAACACCCUGCUGGAGGUUUCACUGCUCACCAUCAACCAGGUCCUGACGGAGCUUUUGCUGAAAGACCCAGCGCAGGCCCUAACCACAAUGGGCACGGCAGUUGUGGUGUUUGAGAGGCUGCAGAGGGAGACUUCGCUGUGGGAGGGGCUACUGGGCCUGCCACGUCUCCUCAUGCCCACCACCCCCGAUAAGAUCCUGGAUCAGGUGCUGGAUGAGGGGGAGAGUCUUCUGCAAAACAUCAAGAGGACUAUGGCUGCCAUCGAGAGCAACUUCCCAGCGGCUAAUCUUUCAGCUGUCUCCAUGGUGAACCCUGCUAUUGUCGGAAGCAUCAACUUGCUCCAGUACGUCAGGAACUGGCAUGGCAAAGAUGUCUACAUCACUCUUGGUGAUGUUAUCAUGGUGCCACCCAAUACCUCAGCACCAGCAGCUGUCAACACCCUCAUGCAGCAGGUCAGGAUACCACUAGACCAGGCUGUGGCGCUUACAAUGGACAAGGCACUCCUGCAUUCCUACAUAUGUUCAGGAAACCUCAGUGUUGAGCUCCAAGCAGCUUGUACUGGAGGGACAAUGGAUAUUCUGCUGGGGUGGAUCAGUGCCGACAAGGUGGCCCAACAGAGCCUUCUGACCUCGAGUAAAGACACUGCUCUGGGGGAUGUGACCUUUGCCAAAGGCCUCGUCCACAGCCUGAUGGGACUGUUUGAGGCCCCCGGGGGCCACGGCUUCUCCAACAACACCAGGUCCCAGCAUAGCAGUGACACGCAGCCUCAGACCAUAGAGGAAGAGCUGUUCCUGGGUGUGUCCUCAGUAGCAGUGGAGCUUCUGAAGGGCAUUCCUGGCUGGAACUACGUUCAGAUGGCCCUCACCACCGGCCAUGCCUCCAUGCAGCUGGCUACGACAGGCUUGGAUACUGUAGUGGAGAUGAUGGGGAAGGUGUCGACGGAUGCCCAUACCUACCAGGAUACCUUCCUCUCCCUGAUGUCCAACCAGGCUGCUGCUGACAACUUUGCUGGACAGGUCAUGGACUCAAUAGUGAAGACAAUCAUGAAGGUCCUAAUAUCUCAGGGACCAGUAAGGUGUGAAGAUCUGCUGGGCCAGUGGUCCUGGCUCUCCUCUCUGAGCUCCAUGGACCCCAGCCUGUGGAACGCCCUCUUCUGCCCAGGGAACAACUCUCGUCUCCCAGAUGCUCUGCUGGCUGAGUGGAUGCCUGUGGUUGACAAGGCGACUCAGCUUAUGAACAUAGUACAGGGCACUACCAACGCCAAUGUCACCCUUCCCAUGAUCCUCACUGAGUGGCAUGCACUGGCUGGCUCCUUUGUCAGCGGUGAAGUGGCCUUGAGGAACUUCAGUAAUCUGUUGGAUGCUGCCUACCUGGUGGGCUGGGUCCCUGAGAACAUCACUGCAGUGGACUGGACACAGAUUCUCAUGACAAGGGGUUUGGGGGCAUUCGUCACUGUGGGCUCUCACCUUCAGAACAGCUCAAUGUGGCCGUCUAUAGAGUCAUACUUCCACAUCGCCUACUGGAUAAUGAACUACCAGCCCAACGUCACCGCUUCACCAAAUUGUACUGUUGAUUCUACCACAUACGCCUAUAUCUGCAAUACUGGGUUUACCUGGCAGCAGUUUAUCCCAACCACCGCUGCUCUGGUGCAGGAGUUUUCUGCUAAUCCUGCUGUAUUACUUCGGCAUGUCCAGGGCUCCUUGUCUUUCCUCCAGGCUGUCUAUGGAAACAUUGCCACGGGCCUGGUCACCCAGCUCCUCAGCGCCGACCUAGUCCUAGGGGACGGCUCCAUCCCAGCCCUCCUGGAGAACCUGAUCACCAUCCUGAACAAGGACAUCACGCUGGUCUCCAACCUCAUGUCCCUGGAGCAGUUUAGCACCAACUCUGAGCUGCCCCUCUCUCUCCUGGGGGAGAUGUUAGAGGCCCUGGGCCUGAAGCCUCUGGAAGCCCUGUGGAUCCAGGGAGGUGGAUCCCAGGCCCCCAACACCUCAUCUGUGAUGGCCAUUGCCCUGAAGGUGGCCAAGAACACCCGGCAUCUAGUUACCGGGCUCCCUGUCGAGAACGCCAACAUGCCAGACCUGACCGGGGUGGAGUCUCUGCUGAUGCAGUGGCUCUCAGUAGCUCAGGGAAACCUGACCCUGCCUCUGUCUCUCAGUAUGGGAGAUGCUCUGAUCACCUACUCUGGCUCUUUCAACUCUACCUCCCUGGCCUUCCUCAGACAGCUGCUCAAUCCUCUCACCAACCAGAGCUCAGCGGGCAUAGCAGACAACAUCCUGUGGGCCAUGGAGCGGCUGAAGACUGUGCUGGAUGCUCCUAACGGUGACUCAACACCCAUUCUCCUGGGGUAUGUGAUCCAACUACAGGAGUUGCUGGUCUCGACUCUACAGCUACGCAGAUAUGAGCAGCUCUUGCUUCCAGAUGGGAACCUCGCCACAGCUCAGGUGACAGACCUCCAUUUGGCUGUGGUGGACCUCUUCCAGCUCCUGUACGUCCAGCAGCUCAGCCAGGCUGGGGAUCAGGCUGCCCUACAGACCCUGCUACAGAGACUCUCAACCCUACUACCUCUACAGCUCCAACAGCAGUACCUUGGGAUGGUCAGUCACUUCCAGGCUGUGAUGGAGAGCUUGGUGUCUUGUACAGCGGCAGGUCAGGACUGCACGGCUACGGUCCCACAGGUGCUCCAGAUCCUGGCUGCUAGUGGGGACCACAUGUUCAGUGGGGGCCAAGCUAAACCCAGCAUGCCAAGCCAGGAGUCCAUGAAAGUGACUGUCAACCUGCUUACUCUCCUCUUCGCCUGGCACGAUACCGACAUGUCUAACAAUAUGUCCGUCACGCCAGAGUCUGUCCUCAAGACCGUGGACCAGACUGCCUUCUUCCUCCAGCAGAUUACAUCGACUCCCAACAUCAGCGUAUCCUCUCUCCAGCAAGCUAUGCUACAAUCCAACCUUACCCUGGGGGAGCUGGAGAAGAUGGCUGCCCUGGCCGGCGCAACCAACGCACCAGCUCUCCUGGCUAGCAUCAUGGGUGUCAUCAAUGUGCAACAAUGCCUGGAGCCCCAGCCCAACAAUCCCAUCAGCCUGGCCCAGUGUGCACUGGAGCUGAGUGAGAGAGUCACUGGUUUUAUCCUUGCGCUGCCUAUACCUCCGGGAUGCCAGUCCAACUGCACAGCGCUAAUCUCCCUCCUCCCCAUCCUGGUCAACCACUCUGUGAGUAUCGGCCUUGCCGCCGGGUCUGGCCCAACCCCACUCAUACCAACAACUGAGGCUAUUACAGCUACCAUAGCCAGCAUCAGAGAGAAUCUACAGCAUCUCAACCUGGAGUCUGUGGAGCUGAUCAGUAACGAGCUCCAUGUCCUUGAGGGUUUAAUCAAACUGUCCGCCUCUGGACAGUCUCCAGUCUACUCACACAAUUCCACGGAUCCACUGAUGCAGGACUCGGGUAAUGUACAGAAGGUGUAUUUGGAGAUGGCACAGUGGUAUCUGAGGAAGCUAGAGAAUGUGACCAGAACCAGUACCUUCUCAGAACUCCUGGACCCUUUCUUCCAUAUGGCAGAGAUGCAGCUGGCUCUCCAACUCUCUCAGACAGAAUUUACCAUCUUUGUUAGUAAAGAGGUUGAGUAUUUGAUGAGAAGUAUCCAAUACCCCAUCAAUGGAACAGAUGUGAGUAAAAUCGGCCAAUCGGUCAUCAGGAUACUCAAGGGUAACCUGGACCUGUUCAAGUUAAACAUUGCUUACCAAGCGGUUUUGGGGAACAAUUGGCUAAACUACAGCUUGAUUAAUGAGGCCGAAACCCUGAUCAAUAAUGAACUCCCUGUGCUUGAGGGUUUGAUCGAACUGUCCGCCUCUGGACAUUCUCCAGUCUACUCACUCAAUUCCACUGAUCCACUUAUGCAGGAUCCAAAUUACGCACAGAAAGUGUAUUUGGAGAUAGCACAGUGGUACCUGAGGAAGCUAGAGAAUGAAACCAGCACCAGUGCCUUCUCAGAAAUCCUGGACCCUUUCUUCCAUAUGGCAGAGAUGCAGCUGGCUCUUCAACUCUCUCAGACAGAAUUUACCAUCUUUGUUAGUAAAGAGGUUCAGUAUUUGAUGAGAAGUAUCCAAUACCCCAUCAAUGGAACAGAUGUGAGUAAAAUCGGCCAAUCGGUCAUCAGGAUACUCAAUGAAAACCUGAACCUGUUAAAGUUAAACAUUGCUUACCAAGAAGUUUUGCAGAACUCUUUCGGGAACUUAAACUGGCUAAACCACAGCUUGUUAAGCGAGGUCGAAACCCAGAUCAGGGAGUACCUCAACCUGACACAGGAUUGGCUGAGACAGCCCCGUGUGACCCAGGUCCUGACCAAUAUGCUGCAUUGGAACAUAAGCGGUGGGAUGAUGAACGUGACUACUCCUGGGAUGGACCUCCAGCAACUUCUCAGGACACUUGGCUCUUUCCUCACCCCAGAGCAACAGGCCUACCUCACAGCCAUCCAACACAACAGCCAGACUCUCAGCCAGGUUCUGUUGGUGGCCAGUCAGGAAGGAGGUCUGGGUAGUGACCAGUUCAUCCAGGCGAUCAUGGAUGCUGCAAGCUCUGUCCUGAGUGGCUUCACCAUGGACCUCACACCACAGAACGGCACUGCAGAGAUCCAGGGUAUUCUACAGGGUGAAGAGGUCCAGAUUAUUCUUCAGGAUGCCCUCCAGCUGGCAUUCAGACCUAACAUGAGCAACGCCCAGUCACUCAACAUCACCAUGGAGAUUGUCAGGAGGGCGGAGGGUGUGGUUAGAUUGCUGGUCCCCCAGGAGGCUGUUGGGUAUCUGUUGCCAGGGUUCAGGUUCAUUAGCACCUACCUUGAGACAGUCUCCAGACCUGGCGGGCCUGAUAAGUGGAAUGAGAUCAUUGUGAACGAGCUGAAGAUGGUCCAGGGCCUCCUGGCCCCUGACAGCAGUGCCCAGGUCUAUCUCUCUGUCAUCAUCAACAUCACUCAUGUCAUCCUGGACUCCAGCCAAAGCCAAGGAAAACAAUGA